AUGCCUCCAGUGGAUGGUUUGGAGGAGCGCCAGAUCACGUUUUUCGGCGCCUCAGGCGCCGAGGUGAUAGGACUGCCAUCGUUCCUCUGGCCCGAACUAAGGAGCGAGAGCACCGAACUCGCACCUGACGAGAAGAAUCUCGUGUCCAAAAUUCGACGGCCUGAGAGACUCAAAGCUGCUCGCAAAUACAAUUUCUGA